CUCCGUGCGGCUCUAGCCGUUUUCUCGCUCACGCGGCGCCAUCUCGCCCCGCUGGAGAGGGAGACCUGGCGGCGCUCUGCACGAGAACUCCGGUGUCUCAGCCUUGGGGCACCUCCGGAGAAAGCCAAGUGCCCGCAGGUGAAGCCGGCGUCCCAGCCCACCGACAGAUUGCACCUCUUGGGAACCUCGACCGCCGAGCCUUUUCCAGCGCCUGCAGCGCAAGGCGCGCGGGGAGAGUGGGGGUCCACGGCGGGGAAAGGAGUGACCAGGACACCGAUGAUGGACGCACAGACCUGGCGCGUGGGCUGUCGCUGUCUCCUCCUUCUGGCUCUCGUUGGGUCUACCCGAAGCGAGGGUUUGCAGAGCUGCGAAGAAGUUCGGAAACUUUUCCAGUGGCGCCUGGUGGGACCUGUCAAGGGGCUGCAGGAUUCGCCGCGGGCAGGGCCUGACCUUCAGGUUUGCAUAGCCAAAAAACCUGCAUGUUGCACCAGGAAGAUGGAGGAAAGUUAUCAAAUCGCAGCUCUCCAAGAUAUGCAGCAGGUGCUUCAAACAUCCAGCUCUACAUUAAAGUUUCUGAUAUCUCGAAAUGCAGCUGCCUUUCAAGAAACCCUUGAAACUCUCAUCAGACAAGCAGAAAACUACACCAGUAUAUUGUUCUGCAACACCUACAGGAACAUGGCCUUAGAGGCCGCUGCUUCCGUCCAGGAGUUCUUCACUGAUGUAGGGCUCUAUUUAUUUGGUGCGGAUGUUAAUCCUGAAGAAUUCGUAAACAGAUUCUUUGACAGUCUUUUCCCUCUAGUCUACAAUCAUCUCAUUAACCCUGGUGACAGUUCCCUGGAAUAUUCAGAAUGCAUCCGGAUGGCCCGCCGGGACAUUAGUCCAUUUGGUAAUAUUCCCAAAAGAGUACUGGGGCAGAUGGGGCGAUCGCUGCUGCCCAGUCGCACGUUUCUGCAGGCGCUGAAUCUGGGCAUUGAAGUCAUCAAUACCACAGACCAUCUGCACUUCUCCAAAGAGUGCAGCAGAGCCCUCCUGAGGAUGCAGUACUGCUCGCACUGCCAAGGCCUGACUCUCAGUAAGCCUUGCAUGGGAUACUGCCUCAACGUCGUGCGAGGCUGCUUGGCGCACAUGGCAGAGCUUAACCCACACUGGCGUAUGUACAUCCGGUCAUUGGAAGAGCUGUCGGAUGCCAUGCAUGGGACAUACGACAUUGAACAUGUGCUCCUGAACUUCCACUUGCUCGUUAAUGAUGCUGUGAUGCAGGCUCACCUUGAUGGACAGAAAUUAUUGGAACAGGUAAAUAAGAUUUGCGGCCGUCCAAUCAGAACACCCACACAAAGCCCCCGUUGUUCUUUUGAUGGGAGCAAAGAGAAGCAUGGAAUGAAGAUCUUUAUAAGAAAUGGGGAAGAGACACUUGCCAACAGAAGAAAAGAAUUUAUCAACAGCCUUCGACUGUACAGGACAUUCUAUGGAGGCCUGGCUGAUGAGCUUUGUGCUAAUGAAUUAGCGGCUGGUGAUGGACUGCCGUGCUGGAAUGGAGAAGAUAUAGUAAAAAGCUAUACUCAGCGUGUGGUUGGAAAUGGAAUCAAAGCCCAAUAUGGAAAUCCUGAAGUCAAAGUCAAAGGAACCGAUCCUGUGAUAAAUCAGAUUAUUGAUAAACUGAAGCAUGUUAUUCAGCUGUUACAGGGUAGGUCACCCAAACCCAGCAAGUGGGAACUUGGCAUGGGCAGUGGUGGCGACAUGGCUGAGCCGGUCAGCGGAGACUGUGAUGAUGAAGAUGGUUGCAGGGGAUCAGGAAGUGGAGAAGUCAAGAGGACACUAAAAAUCACAGACUGGAUGCCAGAUGAGAUGAACCUCAGUGAUGUAAAGCAAAUCCAUCAAACAGACGGUAGUAGUACUUUAGACACAACUGGAGCAGGAUGUACAGCAACAACUGAAACUAUGGCAUUGGCUCUGAUGGGUGCAGUGAUGUUACUUCCUGGGCUUUGGUAACUGAACUCUUCUGCCCUGAUAUAUAUGUCUUAUUAGAGUCUUAACUUCUCCCCUCUCUUUCUGCGAGUGGAAUAAGAGAUCUUUUCAAAUGUAACAAUUAUAUUUAUGAAAAGGUAUGUCACACUAACUUCUUAGAAGCCAAGUUGGUAUGUUCACAAAGUAUC